GUACUACUGAACGGUAAGACUGGAAAGAGAAAAAAUUGAUGAUUCAAAAUUUGUACAUUUUAUCGUUAUUUUGAUAUUAAGGUGUAUCUGACAGCAACAUAAACAAUUGUACACUCAAAAAAUGGCGUCAAGUAGGUUGACACUGCACUCCGAAAGCAGUGGCGUCAGCAGUUCAUAAACGAUUAUGUUCACAAGUUAUACCCUAUCGAAAGGAGUUAGCUAUAAAGCUUAUAUCCUGGAUAGACCAUGCUGAUAAGUUGCCAAAAAGUACGAAACAGCGGCCUACAAGUAUAUGCGCCCGCAGGAAUCUGGUUGGAACUUAGCAUAAUUUCACGUACAAUUUUGAGGAUCUGCCAAUACCUUGGAGAGAGGCCAAUUUCUCCAUUGUGCUAAGUUUUAAGGGUGAAUGAAAAUGUCUGGAGACGCAACGGCAGAAGCUACAACAGGCGUAGAAAAACUCAAACUGGAAAAUGGCGACGCAAAAUCCGACACCGAACCAUCGUCAGUAACCUUUGAAAGCAACUUCAAGGCCUUUGCAAAAUUCGGCGACCCGAAAUCUGACGGAAAGCAAAUCACUCUUUCGAAUAGUGACAAAUGGAUGAAACAGGCCAAAGUGAUCGACGGAAAGAAAAUCACUACGACAGAUACCGGGAUCUACUUCAAGAAGCUGAAGAGUCAGAAGGUCACCAUCACGCAGUAUUUGCAGUUUUUGGAGGAUUUGGCUAAGAAUAAGAAGAUUGAGCUGGAGGAGUUGAAGAAGAAAAUGACGUCCUGCGGACCACCUGGACAUCAUGGAGUGGGGCCUGUCAAAGCAACAAGCACAGUUGAACGACUGACAGAUACCUCAAAGUACACUGGAUCGCACAAGCAACGUUUCGACGAAACUGGAAAAGGCAAAGGUAUCGAAGGACGAAAAGACAUUCCAGACGGGUCUGGAUACGUCAGUGGGUACAAAAAUAAAAACUCUUUUGAUAAACCCGCAGAAAAUAAGUAAGACGUAGUGUUUUUGGUUGAAUAACAUAAUUCCUUCAUGAUACUCUUAAAACAACAGCCUGAAUGAGAAUAUCAAAAUAAUCGUUCCUGUUGUGCCUAUAGGGUUUGACUCUAGUUUUUAGACGAUUCAAAUUUUGUAUAUGUUUUGUAUAUGCAAAUAUAUUCCACCACAAAGUGUAAAUCUUCGUGCCAUUUGACAACUCCUCAGCAUGGCGUAGGUUUGGUCUCGGUUGACAACAUCUAGGUGAUGCUGCAACAAAGCACUGUUCUUACUAGAGUGGAAUGAAAUGGUUUUGACUAUGAAAGAAUUAGAGAGGCUUCUCCAACAUUAAGCAAGGAACCUAUAUAUUGAUCAACUCUACGACCAAGGAGGAAUGAUCAUUUUUAUAUCAUAAUAUAACAAUUAUUGGUCAAACUGGUGACUGAUGACUAACAAGAAACCGCCAGUUGAAGUCACAUGAUCAAUACAUUGUGAGAUACAACUUUAUAUCAUUAAUGAUUCCGAAUUAUUACAAAUCCGUCUGUUAACAUUUGACAUGCCAAACAAUGAGCUUGGCUGGUUUUAGUAAAAUGUCAUGAGGGAAGUUAUGUUGGUUAUUUCUUGUGUGAAGUGCGUGUUUAAAUUCUGUAUGGACAUCAUUUUUCCCACUUUUAUUACUUCUUUUUAUAACUUAUUUUUCAAAUAUAUAAAUCACACAUCCAUUUGUAAAUUAUAAAUGUUUUAAAAAUGCAAGCGAACCAAUUAGCAAUGAUGAGAAAAUCUUACACCAGAAUUUGAUCACCCUGUAUAGUGUGUAUAGGCUAUACAGAGAAAGAAGAAUUUUGGAUCAAAAACACGUGGAUAUAGAAAAAUUUGGAGAAUUUCCAGAAACAAGUAUAUUUAAAUAGAUUAUUAUAGUAUAUUUAGUAUUGUUGCUGAUUGUUUUGCUGCUUUACCGAUAUUUUGUCACGUCUUCAAUACAUUAAUAGGGAACAAUUGUUUGUGACACAUUUUGCAAUAUUUUGAAAUGUUAGUUUUAGGAGAAAAAUCUGGGAGUAAAGAUAUUUUUGUAUUAAUAUUCUAAUUUCACAAACGUAUAAUCGCACGUUGCUUUGUGAUGUAUUAGUAAAAUAUGUAUUAUUUGUGAGUUUUGUGACAAGCUAGUCAACUUAUUUUAGUUGUAAGAUUUAUACGUAAAUAUUUUAGAUAUAGAGAUAUUUUUUAAGAGUAACUAUACAUCUAGGCGAACUAAGAAAAUAUUAAAGAAACAUUUUUGACGAAUACAUCUACAACUUUAGAGAUUUGAAAGUUUCGAACAAAUUUUCUACCCAAAUUGGAAUAUAGAGUUCGCCAACACAAAAUCAAAAUAAUGCUAUUCAAAUUAUUUAUAUUUUUUGUCUUCCAUUCAGUUGCUAAGUUCAUUAUUUUGUUGAUUGCUGAGAUCAAGCAGUGCAAUAUUCAUAAGAUUCGAGUCUUCCUGAGUUUAAGUUAAAUGAUAUAGGCACUUUACUUGUACCAGCAUGAAUUUACAUAAAUAGUGACUUAAAAAUACAAAUGCAUUUUCUAGGUUAUUAAACAUUUAAGUUUUUGUUAUCUUUAAAAUUUUAUAAAUGUUAUUUCUGAUUUUCAGCAUGUAUAUUAUAUAUGUGUAUAUGUAGUGUAUAAACACAUUUUCAAUAAAUUCAGAACUGCAAAUUGUAUCAUUCAC